AUGGUAGGACAGCCCAAGCCCAAGCAAUUCCAGCAUCUGGCGUUUGCCUUCGUCUUAGGCGGCCUGCUGACCUACCUCUGCACCAGCCUCAUGGGCAAGGCAGGCUCUCACCUGGGCUUCAUCAACACCCAAGCAUCCUUCCUUACCAGGCAGACACCGCCGGUCCCAUGCAAGCCGGUGGAUGAGCCGCGGCUGCCACCCGGCUAUGGCCUUUCGCCACUGGCGCUCGGCAACUUGACAGGGAAUGCCGCCGCCACAACUGACCGCCUCAUUGUCGCCGUCAGGCACUCUGAAGACCCGCACCACUUAGAAGCCUACUGGAGUGGCAAGGUGCACCGCUUUUACAGGCGAGACCUGCACACCCUGGAUAUCAGGGAGGGCAUGACGGAGGACACAUCGUGGCUGGACAUCUACUUGUCGGAGAUCCCCCACGUGGUAUACCAGGUUGACGACUGGGACAAGACAACGGGUGCUGAGCAUCGCACGCUGGUGAACAAAGGCAACGAGGCGAUGGCCUACCUCCAAUUCAUCAUCGACUACUGGGGCCGCCUGCCCGCCUCCAUCGUAUUCCUGCACGGCCACAGGGGCACUUGGCACGUGGACGACCAUGUGCCGAUCCUGCGGCGGGUGCGUUGGGGGCAGGUCCCUUACGGGAACCUGCGGUACCGUAACGGACCCCACAACCGGCUGCGGUGGAAGUGCGGCAACGAGACGGCCGACCCGGCAUUCCGCAAGUUUGACUGCAACUGGGUCGGCAACUGGAUCUACCCGGGCUCGCUCAAGCCGCGCCGUGAGAAGCUGAUCACGCCCAUGAACAAGGACGAGUGGAUCGACUCCGUGGAGCUGACCGAGGUGUGGGACCAGACGUUUGCUGAGGAGCUGGGCCCCAUGCCGCAUGUCAUCCACGGGCCUUGCUGCGCCGAAUUCAUCGUCUCCCGUGAGCGCAUCGAGGCACACCCCAGGGAGUUCUACGUGCGUCUGCGCGACUGGAUCCGCGACACGGAGCUGGACCGCUACAGGAGCGGGCGCGUGUUUGAGUACAUGUGGGCCAUCAUAUUUGGCGAGCCGGCCGUCACCGAGCCCAUCGAGGAGUGCGACCUGCUGCGCUGCACCGAGGAGGACCGAGCCGCCGCUGCCGCGCCGACUGCCGCCUCUGCGCGCCACUACAUCACCACCACCAACACCAAGGACGAUGCUCUGCGCCGCACCGCGCAUUGA